UAUUAAAAGCAUCUGCAUCUGUUUAGAGACACUGCACAUCACCGCUUGCAGAGAUAAAACAUCAGCAUUAUUUAGGUGGAGCACCGCUGACCAGAGAAAUGGCUCUAAGAGUGGAAUUCUGCGUGGUUCUGCUAGUUGUGAUGUUCGGCUGUAUGCAGGUUACCCUUAGUUCAAACACUACUACUAUAUCUCCCACUACCAACAGCACUGCUAAAAAUAACAACGGUGCUAAUCAGAAUGGGAACGGCGCUAACCAAAUUACAACCGGCGGCAGUUCAGCCAGCUCCUCCACCAGCUCCAAUGGGAUUAUGACCACCAACAAAAACAGCACAAACCAGAAUGCUAAAGAUGCAACUGUCAGCGCCCUCGUAAGCAGUUCCUCCUCUUCCUCCAUGACUAGCUUCUUCAAACUUCUGCUGCUUGUGUCCAUGGCUCUGAGCUUUCUAAAGAUGAUACAGUGACCAUCAACCUCCCUUGUGCUUUGAAGGCAGACAAUAACGUGAGAUUCUUCGGAGACGUAAUAGUUUUUCUGAAAUUCUAUGCAACUGUCGUAGAUGUUACACAGCUUGUAACAAACAGCUUUUUGCUUAACAUUAGAGAAAAAUAUUUAAAAUAUUGAUACUAUUCACAACUAUUAUGAAACGGGAAAUCAGUUUUUUUUUUUUAUUGCUGUAAAAUCUUCAUACUUUAACCAGCAAAAGUACAUCUAUGCAUCUGUAAGCUAUUGUUAGUUAACUGAUUGUUUUCAGAAGC